GUGGGAUCUGCAGCAGAGCAAGAUCAGAUAGCAGAUUUACCAAGAAAGUGUGAGACACGUGGAAGAGGAGAGACUCUCCUCUGCUCAUUGCUCUAAAAUAAGAAGCGAGGAUUGGAUUUUUUUAUUUGAGUAGAGCCGACAGCCCACGUGAGCACGAGAUUUAUUUAAUUAGGGAUAGCUGUGAUUAAGUUCUGCAAGUCUGAAGGUCAAAUUUACAACUUCACUGAAGACAUUUUUACAGCUUUGAGUCUGUUUUUGAUGCACUGGAUAUCAGUGACUUUGGAGUACCUGACAGCAGGAGUGACUGGGACACUUUCCUCAUUCAGAUGCAAAAAAAAACUUAGAGGAGGAAGCAUGAAGAUACUCUGUGGUCAUUUACUCUCCUGCCUGAGGAGGACUGAGUGGAUCUCCUCAUAACAGGAGAGAAGAUGCAGCAGUUUGGAUAGAAAACUGAGAUAUCUACAAGAAGAAGUUGGAAAUCUGCAAUUAUUGGGAACACUUGAAGUCAAGGAAUCGAUGGUUCGCAUCGAGGCCGCGCUGGACGGAUCCGUGCCGCUGGUGUGAAACCCGCUCAGUGUUUUAUGGUUCGGGCUGACAGCAUCAGGUCCCGUGGCUGCGUCCCACUGAGGCAUGAGUGUGGGAAGGGCCCACCACCACCACAGCUUCCUGUCCUGUGAAGAGGAGAGCCUCAGACUCAGCAUCAUGCCCGCCGUGGGCAGCUUCGGCAAUGGAAAGAUCCAAACCAGGCGCAAGUGCCACAGCCGCUUCGUCAGCAAGUCGGGCCAGUGCAACAUCCACUUCUCCAACAUGGACGAGAAGUCGCAGCGCUACAUAUCGGACAUUUUCACCACCUGCGUGGACAUCCGCUGGCGGUACAUGUUCCUGCUGUUCAGCCUGGCCUUCGUGGUGUCCUGGCUCACGUUCGGCCUGGCGUUCUGGAUCAUCGGCCACCUGCACGGCGACAUGGAGCACGAGGGCGACGAGAGCUUCGUCCCGUGCGUCACGCAGGUCAACACCUUCGUGGCGGCGUUCCUGUUCUCCAUCGAGACCCAGACGACCAUCGGGUACGGAGCCCGCUGCGUGACGGAGGAAUGCCCGGCCGCCGUCUUCCUGGUGGUCUUCCAGUCCAUCAUGGGCUGCAUCAUCGACGCCUUCAUGAUCGGCGCCAUCAUGGCCAAGAUGGCGAGGCCCAAGAAGCGCGCGGAGACCAUCAUCUUCAGCCACAACGCCGUGAUCGCCCUGCGCGACGGGAAGCUCUGCCUCAUGUUCCGGGUGGCCAACCUGCGCAAGAGCCACAUCGUGGAGGCUCACGUGCGCGCCCAGCUGGUGAAGCCCCGCUACACGGAGGAGGGCGAGUACAUCCCCAUGGAUCAGAUCGACCUGAACGUCGGCUACGACAAAGGCACCGACCGCCUCUUCCUGGUCGCGCCGCUCACCGUCAUCCACGAGAUCGACGAGGAGAGCCCGCUGUUCGGCAUCAGCAAGCAAGACCUGGAGACGUCCGACUUCGAGAUCGUGAUCAUCCUGGAGGGGCUGGUGGAGGCCACCGCCAUGACCACGCAGGCCCGCAGCUCCUUCCUCUCUUCGGAGAUCCUGUGGGGCCACCGCUUCGAGCCCAUCAUCUUCGAGGAGAAGAGCCAGUACAGGAUAGACUUCUCCUACUUCCACAAGACGUUCGAAGUGCCGUCGACCCCCAGGUGCAGCGCGAAGGACAUGGAGGAGCGGAAGUUCCCGACGUCCGGGGCGAAUUCCUUCUGCUACGAGAACGAGCUGGCCUUCAUCAGCAGGGACGAAGAGGACGAGGACGGAGACGCGGGGAAAGAUCAAGACAAGAGCGCUUCGUCGGAGCUGACGCCUCUCAGACAGGAUAAAGCGCCGUCGCGGAGAGAAUCCGAAAUCUGACUGACUGUCCGGCGCUCGUUUCGAUGCGUCCGGAUGCAGAGCCGUGUCUUAAAAAGAACCCUGUGGCUGUCGACCCACUGAUAUGAGGACCUCGUUGAAGACAUGCCUGCUGUUCACUGAGGACCAGCAGAAAUAAUCUCCUCAUGUGAGGAUAAAACUUUGCUCAUUCGAAGAACUCCUUUGCUUUCCCGAGAUGAUUUUUUGAGCUUUACCAAAUGGAAACAAGCCUGAUAGCGGCCUCGGCUGCAGAUAGCAACAUUAAAGUGCAUGAAAAUAGCAUAGUUUGGGGGAGAUAUUUUCCGAAAUGGUUGGUAGUGCCGACUCUGGAUGCAUUGAACACUUUUAACCUAAUAACAUUACUGAUGUAAACAAAGAGACUCCAGAUAUUUCAUCUAAUACACUGCCAAUAACUAAUUUGGUUAGUUGCCACAGGUAAUUUACUUACGUCCAGGACGGACGGCACAACUGUCGGGAUUCAGACAAAUCGGACUUGUGAUAACAUCGCUAAAGGGGAAAAACACGGUAAGUUUUAUAUACCAGCAGGGAAAACUAUUCAUCUCUCUCUUUCUUUUUAGCCACUGGGAACCAUUUAGCUCAUGGUAGUGAUCUUUCUUUCACUCUUCCAGGAAUCUCUUGACUUUUAGGAGAGCAUUUAUAGGAAUCGCCGUACCUGCACCUGUCCUGAGGGGCAGAUCAUCAUAUGUUAAUGAAAGCACAUCUUUAUCUAAAAUUGGAAGAAUAUCUAUCAAAUCAGUGGGUAUUUGAUUCCAGAUGAUAGCCAGGUCAUUAAGAUAACGGUGUUUUUUAAUGAGUUGGCAUAAAAAUCAGAGUUUCUUGAAUGUUUUUACUCGUGAUAAAAUCUUACCACCUGCUUUAUGACUGACAGUAAUUCAAACUAACACUGUCAUUUUAGCUGCAGAUAUAUGUAGUUUCAUCUGUUUUCUAAUAAGGAAAUAAGGAAAAGUGCAAGUUCUCUUAAAAUAAAAACUGCCAUCUCACAAAAUCGUAGAUCUCUGUCAGGGCUGUGUCUGAAAGUUCUGCAUUUUUCAACUCGAAAAACAAAGACUAACUGCACUUUCUCAGGUACACUGAUAUCACACUGAUAUCUUCAAAUCAACAGCCUGAUCAUCAGCAUUCGAUCUCAACAUAAUAAACACAUAAGAACCGGAGACUCCGUCUGUAAAUGCUCAGAUCAGUAAUCAUACACUCGCAGCAUAAUUUAGGAGAGACCCGCAGGCGAUAUAAAAAAAACUAAUUAAAGUCUGAAAUGAAGCCCCGUCUUAUGUGUGGCCUGUGGGAGACGGAGCGGAGUCGCACUGUGCUCUGAAUCCAGUUCAGAGACCACACUCCGAGAAAUAGUGACAAGUAGGGAAACCGAGACACCAAACCAAAGACACCACAGACUUUACAUCUCAUCAAGGACGAUCAGUAGGAUUUACUGGUCGUCCUCUGAUUACGCAGUUUCAAAUAUUAGUAUUAGUGAGACAAUUACACCUAAAUUUAAAGGGACCAACUCACCAAACAUCCAUGUCUUUGGAUUGUAUGAGGAAAUCUUUGCAGACACAGGGAGAACAUGCAAACUCCAAACAGAAGCUCUCACCGGAACCGGGUUCAUCGGCGUUCGGCACUCUGGCCUCGCGGCACCGGAGGCUCAAACACAAUAAUGAAAAGUAUUGAGUGUAUUUUGAUGAGUUUACUCUGCUCUUGUGGAUCUGCAGCUUUCUUCGAUAAUAAAGAGGGUGAUCAUGAAAAUUUGUAGGUCAGACUGUUGCUCCGAUCCCAAGCGAGAUGAAAUAGUUUUCUCUCCACAUUUCUCAAGCUAAAAAAGCACCGUGUGGGUUUAUUAUAUACGCCUGACUGCCAUUUCAGCACAUUUCAACACGUUUGUGUUUGUGUAUUUGCUGACUUGUGCUGAAAACAUGAGGAUGAGCUCUAAAUAACAAAUGGUGGCUCCACUGCCAUUUGCACAAAGAGUCGGGUCAAGGACUUCCUGCAUAAUGAGGAAAGAACUUUGAACCAUGAAUAUUGUAAAUAUAUACGUAUUUGUUCAGCUUCUUUUUAUGUUUUAAGAUCUCUCUGGCUGAAUGGUUGCUGAUCAUUAUUAUUAUUACUCUCAUUGCUUUUAAAGGCUGAAGGAAAAAUGAAGUGAAGGACUUGGAUCUCCCCCCCUGCUGUCUUCCACUUAUCACAUCUGAAGCAAUCUCAGCUCUCUUUUGCACCUUCUGCUCUUCUCUCUGGCUUCUGUUUGAUUCUGUGAGACAAUUUCAAAAAAUAACGGCAGAACGAGAAGACCACAAUAAAAUUUUUCUG